CUUUGCUUUACUUUUCAGAUAAACUUCUUCCGGAAUAAACACAAGAUUCAUAUCCAAGGAACCGAUCUUCCUGAUCCAAUUACUACAUUUCAGCAGCUGGAGCAGGAAUAUAAAAUAAAUUCUCGAUUGCUUCAGAACAUUCUAGAUGCAGGCUUCCAAACACCUACACCAAUUCAAAUGCAAGCUAUUCCAGUUAUGCUGCAUGGUCGGGAACUUCUGGCUUCUGCUCCAACAGGAUCUGGGAAGACUUUAGCUUUUAGCAUUCCCAUUUUAAUGCAGCUGAAACAACCUGCAAAUAAAGGCUUCAGAGCCCUAAUUAUAUCCCCAACACGAGAACUUGCCAGCCAGAUUCAUCGAGAGUUAAUUAAAAUCUCUGAGGGAACAGGAUUCAGGAUACACAUGAUCCACAAAGCAGCAGUAGCAGCCAAGAAAUUUGGACCUAAAUCAUCUAAGAAGUUUGAUAUUCUUGUGACUACUCCAAAUCGACUAAUCUAUUUAUUGAAGCAAGAUCCACCAGGAAUAGACCUAACAAGUGUUGAGUGGCUGGUAGUAGAUGAAUCAGACAAACUGUUUGAAGAUGGCAAAACUGGGUUUAGAGACCAACUGGCUUUCAUUUUCCUGGCCUGCACAUCCCACAAGGUCAGAAGAGCUAUGUUCAGUGCAACCUUUGCAUAUGAUGUUGAACAGUGGUGCAGACUCAACUUGGACAAUAUUAUUACUAUAUCCAUUGGAGCAAGGAAUUCUGCAGUAGAGACAGUAGAACAAGAACUUCUCUUUGUUGGGUCUGAGACUGGAAAACUUUUGGCCAUGAGAGAACUUGUUAAAAAGGUAUGUGGGUUUUGGUAAGGUUUACCAAGUCUUACCUGGUGGGAGGCCCCGCAAUACCUCAUCAUCAUACUGCCUUUUACUUAGUGGUCCAGUGGUGGUGAGUCUGUCUCUCCUGCCUCAGAGUUGGCUAGGAGAAGACCCACCUGAUGCUAUUAAAAGCAUAUUUUUCCCCUCUGUAUAUAUGUCCCAUUCAUCCCCACAUCCUUCUGCUGGUUUGUUACAGAAGAACUGGGGCAUUGUAGAAUGAGUUAGACACUGAGUGGGGGUUUCUUUUAUUGUACCUUUGAUAAGUGCCGAGUAGAAGCCAUAGUUUAAAAAGUUAAGUACUGUGGGUCAUAUAUACUAAGCAAAAAGAAAUAUAAAUUCUGCACCCUGAAAUUUUGUCUUAAUUAAGGGAUAAAGUUAAGUAUACUUAUAUAAUAUAGUUUGUGAUAAAAUGCCAUAAAAGGCAAAAGCAUCCAAAGAGUCAUAAUGAACUAUUGGGGUAAGCCCAUUUGGUUGGAGAAAGUCUUAUACAAGGUAUCCUGCUAAUCAGAGCCCUAAAAGAGAGUCUAUAGGACAAAUGGUGGAGGGGGAAAGUGUUCCCAGCUCAGAGAGCAGCCUGAAUAAAACUUGAAGAGGUAACAGUGCAUACUAUAUGUUUGGAGACUAAUGAAGAAGUUACACGUCUAAGGCAGGGUGUAUGGUGGGAAUUUAAGGAUUAGGUUGGACAGUGAAGUUAGGGUCAGAUUGAGAGACCCCUGGACAUUUCUGAAGAAUGUGGCCACAUAAUUUUUAAGGAAAAUUAGUCAAACAAUAGUAUGUAAGAUGGGGUGUAAAGAAAAAGGCUGAAAGUGAGGAAAAUAAUUACUAGGCCGUUAAAUUAGACUGAGCAGAGAUAAGGAGAAAAUAAACAAGUGUGGCCGCGGAUAAGGUGUUUGUAAGUAAUUGUCAAUGAUAUAAGUGGUAUGCUUUAGAGGUUAAGAGCAUGAACUCUGGAGCCAGACUACCUGGGUUAAGAUUAUAGCUCCAACAUUGUACUUUGAUGCAGUUUAACUCCCCUCUGUUCCAGUUUCUUCAUCUGUAAAGUGGGAUAAUAAUAUCUACCUUAUAGAACUAUUAAUAGUAUUUGAGUUAAUAUAAACAUAGUACUUAAAAUGGUGCUUGGCAUAUAAUAAAUUCUAUAUAUAUUCAUUUUUAUCAACAUUCUUAAAGGUAUCACUUGCCACAAGGAAAUUUUAAGGUUUUCAAAGAUAAUCAUAUGGACAUAAUACAGCAGAGAUUCUUGUUUUUGUUUUGUUUUGUUUUCUUUUCUUUUUUUAGCAAUGUAUGAACUUUGGGAAGUCUGUGGAUUGUAUGUCAGAUUUUGUGAAUAAGUGGUUGCCAGUUAGAAAGCCUCAUCACUUUCAUUAGAUGCCAAAAGGAGUGUGUAAACCAAAAUAAAAAGGCUAAGAAGAACUAAUAUGGGCAUUUGAAGAUACAGAAACUUGGUUUGAAAGAGGCAGGGUUCGAUGAUAUAAAUAUAAAUAUAAAAAUAAUCUGCUUAGAGGUUGAUACUGAGAUUUUAUUUUAUAUAAUAAGAUAGAAAUUAUAUUAGAACUUAGAACCAAAGACUAAGAUAACAAUUAAAGAAACAUUACAAGCAGAAUCAAAAUUCUGAGGCAUAUAAACCAAGAAAUGAUUGUUUCAGAAUGGACAU